AUGAAGAGUAAUGGUAAUUCUACAACAUUUACUGUUCAUGACCGUCUUGGAGCAGCUAUUGCACCAAAUACAAAUUCAAAUGUAUCAAUAAAUCCAACACCAACACCACCACCACAACCACAACCAACAACAACAACUUGUUCAAUUAAUUUAUCAACAUCAAAUUGUCAACAAAUGAUAGCAACAAAUACAAAUUUAAUGCCAGCUGGAAGUUUAUCAUCAGCAACAGCAGCUUCAUGUACAGUAGCAACAUCAACAGGAACAAAUCAACAUCAAGAUUUAGUUAAUUUAUUUGAAUGUCCAGUAUGUUUUGAUUAUGCAUUACCACCUAUACUUCAAUGUCAAUCAGGACAUAUUGUUUGUUCACAAUGUCGACAAAAACUUUCAUCAUGUCCAACAUGUCGUGGUCCAUUAGGCAAUAUAAGAAAUUUGGGUAUGGAAAAAGUUGCUGAUACUAUUUUAUUUCCUUGUAAAUAUCAAACAAAUGGAUGUUUAUUGAGUUUAACUCAUAAACAUAAAUUAGAACACGAAGAUUGUUGUGAUUUUCGUCCGUAUAUGUGUCCAUGUCCAGGUGCAUCAUGUAAAUGGCAAGGUAGUCUUGAAAAUGUUAUGCAACAUCUUUGGCUUGCACAUAAAUCAAUCACAACUUUACAAGGAGAAGAUAUUGUUUUUUUAGCUACCGAUAUUACUUUACCUGGAGCUGUUGAUUGGGUUAUGAUGCAAUCAUGUUUUGGACAUCAUUUUAUGCUUGUAUUAGAAAAACAAGAUCAACAAUUUUUUGCUAUUGUACAAUUAAUUGGUACACGACAACAAGCAGAAAAAUUUGUUUAUCGUUUAGAAUUAAAUGGUAAUAAACGACGAUUAACAUGGGAAAGUACACCAAAAUCUAUUCAUGAAGGUAUACAACAAGCAAUUCUUAUUAGUGAUUGUCUUGUAUUUGAUGGAGCAACGGCAUUAUUAUUUAGUGAAAAUGGCAAUUUAGCUAUUAAUGUAACUGUGUCUCUCGGUUAA